AUGGUCAACAUUCCCAAAACCCGCCGGACUUACUGCAAGGGCCGGGAGUGCCACAAGCACACCCAGCACAAGGUUACCCAGUACAAGGCUGGCAAGGCCUCGCUGUUCGCCCAGGGUAAGCGUCGUUACGACCGAAAGCAGAGUGGUUACGGUGGUCAGACCAAGCCUGUCUUCCACAAGAAGGCUAAGACCACCAAGAAGGUUGUCCUCCGUCUGGAGUGCACCGCUUGCAAGGCCAAGAAGCAGCUUGCCCUGAAGCGCUGCAAGCACUUCGAGCUGGGUGGUGACAAGAAGACCAAGGGUGCCGCCCUUGUUUUCUAA